AUGAAGGCCCUCUUCUCCAAGGGCUCGAAGAAUGGGGCUUCCAACCCCCCGGCCACGGCGCCACCCGUGAAAAAAGACCUCCAGGUACCGCAGAUUUCACCGCUAGAGAAGAGGUUACAGGACAUGGGAUCUAUCCGUGCCGAUGGGAGUGACAAGUUUUAUGGAAUGGAAAAUUAUGGAAACACUUGUUACUGCAACUCCAUCCUGCAAUGUCUCUACUAUUCCGUUCCCUUCCGUGAAGCCGUCAUCAACUAUCCGCAACGCACGCCCAUGGACAGCCUCGAGGCUGCCCUCGCAAAGAACCUACGUUAUCAGAACCCAAAUGCACACCUUGAAGCCGAGGCGCUGGCUGCCAAACAAAAGGCUUCCUCACCACCAUCCGCGCGCCAGGCCGGUGUACCCCCGAAUCCAAACCAGAAGCCGGAGGACAAGGAUUCGCCGGAAUACAAGAAGAAGGUAGCACUGCAGACCCUUCCGAUUCUAGAAACCAAGAACAAUGCCUCCAGUUAUGGGAUGUCGGAAUCCCUUUUCACUUCGCUCAAGGACAUAUUCGAAUCGGUGGUAGGAAGCCAAGCACGCAUCGGUAUUGUUCGCCCGCAACAGUUUCUGGACGUUCUACGACGAGAAAAUGAAAUGUUUCGGACCGCCAUGCACCAGGAUGCGCAUGAGUUUUUGAAUUUGCUCCUCAACGAGGUGGUAGCCAAUGUUGAAACGGAAGCCACGAAGCAAGCCUUCACAGAGAAGGCUCUGCCACCAACAGAGAGUGCGGAUUCGUUGGGAAUGUUGACACCUAGCACGGGUUCGAAGUCACCAAAUACUACGAGAUGGGUUCACGAGCUGUUUGAGGGCACUCUGACGUCCGAGACCAAGUGUCUCACCUGUGAAAAGGUCUCGCAGCGAGAUGAGGUGUUCUUAGAUUUAUCCGUGGAUCUCGAGCAGCAUUCAUCCGUGACUUCUUGUCUCCGGAAGUUUUCGGCCGAGGAGAUGCUUUGUGAGCGCAACAAGUUCCACUGCGACAACUGCGGUGGACUGCAAGAAGCGGAGAAGCGGAUGAAAAUCAAACGUUUGCCCCGUGUGUUGGCUUUGCAUUUGAAGCGUUUCAAAUACACAGAAGACUUGCAGCGACUGCAGAAGCUGUUCCAUCGCGUCGUCUAUCCCUACCAUCUUCGUCUGUUUAACACCACAGACGAUGCCGAGGAUCCUGACCGGCUUUAUGAAUUGUAUGCGGUGGUUGUUCAUAUUGGCGGAGGACCGUAUCACGGCCACUACGUUGCUAUUAUCAAGACCGAGGACCGUGGUUGGCUGCUAUUCGACGAUGAGCUCGUGGAACCGGUUGACAAAAGUUACGUGCGUAACUUUUUUGGAGAUCGACCCGGAUUGGCGUGUGCCUAUGUUCUGUUCUAUCAAGAGACAACUCUUGAGGCUGUCAUGCGAGAGCAGGCACAAGAGAACCAGGCCCCUACGAGCGCGGCAGCCGAAACAGGCGAUGCCGGAAAGCCUAAUGGAUCUCCCUUCUCACCACCCUUCUCACCACCGCUAGCUCAUGCCCAAAGUGCAUCACAGGUACCGCCUGACAGCACAACUUCCUCCAUCCCUCUCAGCCGAAUCCCAACUGCACCCCAACUGUCUACCUACCCAGAAGAACCCUUGGAGCCCAAUCCAGCUUCACCGCGGACCGUUCAACCGCCUCUCCCUCCGAUCCCUGACGAACCAGCUCCCCCGUUGAGCCCAAAGAAGAGUGAUCACCAACUACGGAAGGAACGUCGGGCUAUGGAGAAAGAGAAGGAUAAGAAUGAAAAGAACCGCCUGAAAGAGCAGGAUCUGCAUAACCGAGAAAUGCAGCGACGAGAGGCAGAUGAGCUGAAAAGAGCCAUCGAGGCUAGUAGGGCCGACACGGUCGAUUUAGCCGCUGAGAAUGGAUCACCAAGGAAGUCGAGCAGUUUCGGCUUCUUAAAACGAGGCAGCCGCAGUCUCAGUCAUCGACUUACCAAGGACAAGGAGCCGCGAGUCUCAACAUCGGAUCUGUCGACCUCACCGCUUCUUCCGGAAGUUGUGCCAGAAGGACCCCUCAAGGAUGCAGAACCAGCCCAGCCAGUGAACAAACCAGCUCAGCCGAUCAAGCCAACCAGCCCGGUCCAGCCAGUUCAGUCACCGGUUUCUUCUCCGAGAAAUUUCCCACCUAUUUCCAACCCUAAGCAACCUAAGCAACCCAUCCGAAACCCCGAGCCCUUGGCCAAAGAGCAACACACCAACAAUACGAAGCCCGGCCAUACCCCUCGGUGGAGAUCUUUCAGUUUCAAGAAAGUGGCAUGA